AUGGGCUAUAUACUGCAGUUGCGUCGCACUAAUCACUUUUCCCUUACCGCUUCAUUCUGUACUCGGCUAUUUGCAGGUGCUUUACUCAAUCACGCUUUGAAUCAACCGAAAGAAGAGCUAAAAACACAUUUCACGACCAGAGAAGGAACGUACAAGUUAAUGACUAUGGCGGAGUAUUCGCGACCAAACAGGGUUCCAAUGAAUCAGGCAAUCGUUUCACAUUUUCUUGCUUUUGAAACUCAGUGA